AUAUUCAAACGUCUAUAUUUUCUCCCUUAACUAUAUCCCCUAACAAAAAAAAAAAAAAAGCAAUAGGAAAAAGGAUGGCAGACAUCAUUCCAGUGAUUGAUCUUGAGAAAAUUUCAGAGCAACUCGAGUGCAAAAAGUUAAGAGAUGCAUGUGAAAGAUGGGGUUGUUUCAGAAUCAUUAACCACUCUAUUCCUUUGUCCCUUAUGGCUGAGAUGAAAAUGGUCAUUGAAGCUCUUCAUGACCUUCCUAUAGAUAUAAAGAAAAACAACAAAGAUGCCAUUCCUGGAAGUGGUUACCUUGCACCAAGUGCUUUUAACCCUCUCUUACAAUCUUUCGGCCUCUAUGAUAUGGGUUCUUCACAAGCCAUGCAUGAUUUCUGCUCUCAACUGAAUGCUACACCUUACCAGAGGCAAAUCAUGGAGACAUAUGGCAAAGCAAUACAUGAUGUGGCGGUAAAAAUAGGACAAAAGAUUGCUGAAUCACUAGGUAUAUUUGAUGCUGAUUUCAAGGAUUGGCCUUGUCAGUACAGAAUUAACAAAUAUAGCUUCACUUCAGAAUCAAUAGGAUCCCUUGGAGCUUCAGUGCACACAGAUUCAGGGUUCUUAACAAUUCUUCAAGAUGAUGAAAAUGUUGGUGGUCUUGAAGUGAUGGACAACUCUGGCGCAUUUGUUUCAGUCCCACCAUUUCGUGGAACCCUCCUUGCCAAUCUUGGAGAUAUUGGGCGAGUAUGGAGCAAUGGAAGGUUUUGCAAUGUGAAGCACCAUGUACGAUGCAAGGAAGCUACUACACGUUAUUCAAUUGCUACAUUUAUGUUGGGACCCAGGAAGGGAAAUAUUGAGGCCCCAAAGGAGUUGGUGGACCAUGAUCACCCACGUCUUUAUCAAUCUUUUACUUAUGGAGAGUAUAGGGCGCUCAGAGUUUCUAUUAAUAAGGCUGGUGAUAAAUAUCUACAUGCUGGUGAAGUCCUUGAGCUAUUACGUUUGGUCUAGUGAUUUGGGAAAUUUAGUGCCCCUCUUUUCAGAAACUUUUAUAUAAGUCCCUUUCUUUCUUUGUUUUCCAGUUAAAAUAACAUUUGUGUCUAAAUCGAAAAAGACUUUUGUCAUUAAAGGGGAAUGGUUAUCUUGCUAGUGUCUGAGUGCUAAAUAACUCAUAUAUGACAGAUGAAUAUGGCAACUUUGGUCAGUGUGGAAAUAAAACGAGUUUUACUACCGAUCUUAAUAACUCUA